UUCGAUUACUUAGGUAAGUUACCACCAUUAUCGCCACCAUCACUACCACGGCUAUUAGAGGUUGGGGCAAGUUAUAGGUAAGGGAUCAUCAGUAGGCUGGCCUAUAACCUGCGCUGGCCGGCUUUAGGUAGGUACCUACCUAGCCUUCUCGGGCAACAGGCCGAUCCCGUCACAUCCGUCCGUAGCGCUGCUUCAGUACCGAAGGUACGUACGUUACCUGCAUCCUAGCCAGCUGAGAUGCAUCGAGACUUGUUAGUCACGAAUCGUCCUCCUUACCGACCUACAUAGCCAAAUAAAUAGCUCGCUAUCCGCGGGCCCCAUAGCUUUGACGGCCUCCGCCCCCUCGAAACUUGGCCUCGGCCCGCCCAUUAUAAACUACCUAGAGUCCAUUGGUGAUCCUCUGCACCGAUGGGCUGACAUACUCCCUCUAUACCUAGAUAAAAGCGUGCCUCACCCGAUUCCAUUUCCGUACUUCACCAUCACCCUUCUAACUCCCCUUCUCCCGACUACUAUCGACUUAGCGUAACGAAGACGGCGAUAGUGAUUCCUGCCUGUUGAUAUCUAGGACUGCUGCUGACCGCCGCCCGCCCUCGCGCUACCAUGGGCUUUGUCGAGGCUGCGCUGGAUCAUGCGUCCGCCAAGUCCGCCCUCAUCCUCGUUGGCCUCGUCUUCGUGGCAUGGAGGGUCUACGUCACGGUCGAUCGGCGCACUCGACUGAGGCGUCUGGGUGUGCCCGGCUUCCGGGCCAAGUCUACGCUGCCAUUUGGUGUGGAUUUGAUUCAGAGGCAGGUUACUGCCACCAUGAAACACAAGAACUACGAGAUGUUCCUCGAGUUGAUGCAUGGUUCUCCCGACUACACGGUCGAGAGUCACAUUAUGGGGAUCCGUGCCAUCAUGACGGCCGACCCCGAGAACAUCAAGGCCAUCCUAGCCACUCAGUUCCAAGAUUUCGGUAAGGGCGAGCAGUUCCACGAGGACUGGUCCGAGUUCCUCGGCGACAGCAUAUUCACCACCGACGGCCAGCGCUGGCACGCCAGCCGGCAGCUCCUCAGGCCCCAGUUCUCGAGGGAGCGCAUCAGCGACCUGCACUGCUUCGAGUCUCACCUUGAAACCUUCUUCAAAGCCAUCGCCAACGGCGGCGUCCUCGACGGCGAGACGCAGCAGGUCGACAUCGAAGCCGGCAACGGCAAGCCUUUCGACAUCAGCGAGCUCUUGUUCAGAUAUACUCUCGACGUUGCCACCGACUUCUUGCUAGGCAUGGACGUGCAGUCACUCACCACCCCUCGCCAACCCUUCGCCGACGCGUUCAACGAGGUACAGCGAGUGCAGAACAUCAUCGCGCGAAGCCGGCCGUUGACGGCCCUCGUGCCGAAGCGGACGUUCCGACAGGGGCUGAAGCUGGUGAACGAGUUCUGCGGGAUCUACAUCGACCGGGCGCUGCGGCUGAGCGCGGAGGAGCUAGCGACCAAGACGAAAUCGGACAGCGACUACACGUUCUUGCACGAACUCGCCUCGUUUACACGCGACCGCAAGGUGCUGCGGGAUCAACUGAUCGCCGUGCUGCUUGCGGGGCGCGACACGACGGCGGCGACGCUGUCGUGGACCUUCUACGAGCUCGGGCGCCACCCCGAGGUCGUGCAGAAGCUGCGCCGCGAGAUCAUCGAACGCCUCGGGCCGGACCCGAACCACACGCCGACCUACGAGGAUCUCAAGGCGAUGAAGUACCUCCAGAACGUCAUCAACGAGACGCUGCGCCUCUACCCGGCCGUGCCGUUUAACGUGCGCACCGCCCUCAGGGACACGACGCUACCGCGCGGCGGGGGGCCGGACGGCACCCUGCCGCUGCCCGUGCUCGCCGGCGACCCCAUCGGGUACUCGACGCUCGUGAUGCAGCGGCGGGCCGACUUCUACCCUCCGCCGUCGGGCGAGAAGGGCCGGUACAUCGACCCGGCGGUGUUCAGCCCGGACCGGUGGUUCGAGUGGCAGCCGAAGCCGUGGCACUACAUCCCGUUCAACGGGGGGCCCCGGAUCUGCAUCGGGCAGCAGUUCGCGCUCACGGAGAUGGCGUACGUGCUGACGCGCGUGUUCCAGCGGUACGAGCGCGUCGAGAACCUCAUGUACGAGAUCGACGGCGGCAAGCCCAAGAUGAAGGCCGAGAUCGUGAUCCAGCCCGGCGACGGCGUCAAGGUCGCGCUGUGGGAGGCGGCGAAGACCGGCUGAGUGCGUAGCGAAGAUGUACCUAGGUAAGGGUCGGGUGAGAGACCUCGGCUCCGUUGGGAUGCAGGAGAGGAGGACGGGGAAGAGAAGGGGAGCAUACUCACACGCAGAGGAGGCAAAGGUUGUUGCAGGUAACCACUCCUUACUUUUGGAAAACUGUGGUUGCGAUUAUUUUUGGGAGUUGGGCCGGAUGCCGGUUGGAUAUAGCAAGGGAGGGGCCCGAAGCUAGCAGCAAAUGCCGGAUCUUUGUACCUACACGUUAGUUUGGCUUUUCUCAAAUACCUCGAAUUAUAGGAUACCAGAUCUCGUCUUCUCCUCCUCGCCGUCUCCGCCUCGGUGGUGGGAGUAGUGUGCAUAUGCCCACCUAGCUCCCUCCUUUCCUCUCGGGAGAUGAGGAGAGAGAGGGGGAAAGGGGAAGGGGGAGGUUGCUAUUAGGUGAGUACGGUGUCUCGGGCCGGAAGGCUAUCUGGCACAUUUCAGAGGGAGGCAAGAAGCUGUGUGUGUGUGCACGUCAUGCGCUACUAAUAUUGCUCUGAGGCCUGGAGAAAAAAAGCAACCCCCAGAGACUACAAGGAAUUGGCCGUACUUCUUCUA